GAUCAGAAUAUAAGGAACUGAUAUUAUAUAUAUAAGUUGCGAUUAUAGUUUAAAAGAAAAGCUCUUUGUAAUGGGGAGUCAACCUCAUUUUCUGCUUAUUCCAUAUCCAGCACAGGGCCAUGUUGCACCUCUUUUGAAAUUGGCUACAAAGAUUUCUGAACACGGAAUCAAGAUCACGUUUGUUAACACGGAAUUUAUGGAGGCGAAAAUCUUGGCUUCAGGGCCGGAGAAAGCUGAGGAGGGGAGCUUGAUGAAGUUUGUUUCGAUUCCGGAUGGACUUGAAGGCGAUGAUCGGAACGAUGCAAUUGAGAUGAAUGAGAGUGUGUUUAGAGUUAUGCCAGGUCAUUUAAAGGAGUUGAUUGAGAAGAUGAACCAAUCAGAUGGCGCCUGUGAGCCGAUCACUUGUGUUAUUGCUGAUAUUUGUCUCGGAUGGGCUCUGAAAGUUGCCCGCAAGAUGGGAAUUCCGGGAGCUGCUUUUGUUCCUUACGGACCACCCACUUUGGCCUUUGCCUUUCAUUUUACAAAGCUUACUGAUUCUAAUGGAAAUUUAAUGAAUAAUGAGUUGAUCUCUCCAUCAGAAGAAACGCUUCCCUGGAAAAGUAACGAAUAUCCCUGGCGCUGUCCUGGUGUACCAGGUAUAGAAAAGCUGUUAUUAGAAUUAUUUACUGGUGUUGACGAAACUGUUAGAAUUUCCAACUGGGUUCUUUCCAAUUCAGUCUAUGAACUUGACUCAUCGAACUGUGAUUUGGUUCCGAAAAUCUUCCCCAUUGGCCCAUUGCUUGCAAGAAAUCAUUCAGGAAAUUCAACUGGAAGCUUAAUUCCAGAGGACUCUUCCUGCUUAAGGUGGCUAGACAAACAAGCAAUAGGUUCAGUCAUUUAUGUUGCAUUGGGCAGCACAACCACCUUAAAUCAGCAACAAUUUGAGGAAUUGGCGCUCGGUCUUGAAUCCUCAGGCCUGCCAUUUUUGUUGGUUGUUCGAUCAGACCUUGUGGAUGAAUCACAUGUCGGAUUCCCAGAUGGUUUUAAAGAGAGAAUCGGCCGCCGGGGAAAGAUCGUUGAAUGGGCAGCACAAGAAAAGGUCUUGGCUCAUUCUUCAGUUGCUUGUUUCUUAAGUCAUUGCGGAUGGAAUUCAACUAUGGAAGGAUUAAGCAUGGGAGUACCAUUUCUGUGUUGGCCUUACUUUGCGGAUCAAUAUCAAAAUAGAAAUUAUAUUUGUGAAGCUUGGAAGAUUGGUUUAGAUUUAACCCUGGAUGAAAAUGGGAUUCUGACAAGGCAUGAAAUACAAAGAAAGGUGAAAAAAUUGCUGAGUGAUGAAGGUAUCAAAGCGAAUUCAUUGAAGCUGAAGGAAAUGGCUGGAAGGAGUCUUGUUGAAGGUGGAUCUUCAUUUCAAAAUUUUAAAAGAUUUAUUGAUGAGAUGAAGUCUGAUUAAUCAUGACAAACCAUAUAUAUGUAUUUCCAAUAACUCUAUAUCACAUAUGUAUUCAAUCAAAUUGGUUAGCUGCAUUUGUGAUUUGAGAUUUUCCAAUCCUAAGGCCUGCCAUUUUUGUGGGUUGUUCAAUAAAAUUUACUAGUCGAUAUCUAUUAUGUAAAAUUUACUAGGCUCGGGAUCAGAGGAGAAAAAAAUGUUUGAAGCUUGCUGGAAGUUUGGUUGAGCUGAAUGGUGGGUGGAUUAAACCAAAUCUUCUUCCAAAAGCUUAAAUCCAUGUUUGCGUGUUAACUUGUGAUUUUAUUUUAAAUAUCUUGAUGAAAGUUUGAGAAAAUAGUGAA